AUGUGUCCUCGCCAUGCCCUAACUGAAUCACGUAGAUGUGUCCAAGCUAUGAAAGCAUCAGACGGUAUGAGUUGGGCAAAGGCCAGAGUUCUGAAGCGCGAAGCACCCGUGCUACGUCCCAAGCAAGUAAAUAUGAUGAAGAACGGAGAACACGGCUUUGAUGUUAAGAUGAGCUUAGAAUUGAAGUAG